GGAACGCCCUUUUGCCCAGCAGGAUAACGAGGCCCAGGAUGGCGUGGGCGAGGCAGGCGCUGCAGGCGCUGGCGCUGCUGGUGCUCGUGCUGGGCCCGUGCGCCGGCCGCAGCCUGUCGGCCCGAGAGCGCGCCGCCCUCACCGCGGCCGGCUUCCUCCGCGACUCGGUGGAGAGCGUGCCCGCGCACGUGGUCCCCGGCGACGGGGAGCGCGGCGCGCACCGCGCCUCCCUCAAGUCGUCCAUCGCGCCGUUCGGCACGCAGGCGCUGCCCAUCCGAGCCGCCGUCGAGCACCGGCCCUCCAGCAGAGACAGGGCCCUCGAGAGCAUCCCGCUGCGCUCUGCGGUGGAGCGCCGCCCGGCCCCAGACCCGGCCGUGGCGCCGCCCCCUUCGCGCCGAGCCUCGCGCCCCGUCGUCCACAGGACGUCCCCGCGGGUGGGCGUCAGGCCUCUGACGAGCAGCCAGGCCUGGCCAGCCAACUCGGCGCACCCGUUCCUGGGCGCGGUCGGCGCCAACUGGUGGCAGCAGAGCGCCUCGGCGCUCCCUUCGCCGUCCUACGUCAUUCCCCUUAGCGAUCCAAGCCCCAGCCCCGUGGCUACUCGCUGGACUCCGCAGACACCGAUCUGGCCGUACCUAGAGACGAUCCCGAACUAUGCGCCCGCCGGGCCGCUGCUGCAGCCUCAAGGCCGCUGGGGCCUCCUCGGCAGCCCUAACUAUGUGUUCAGCACCCUCGGGGAAAGGCAGCCGCCCCUAGUCCUUACGUACCAGGCGAUCAAGAACCCCGAACCCGAGCAGAAGGUGGUCUGCUACCUGGAGGCCUGGGCCGCGUACCGCAAGGACGUGGUGUCGUACAGCGCCGACAACGUGGACCCGUUCGCCUGCACCCAUCUGCUGUACGCAUUCGCCUCCAUCGACCCCCACUCAUUCCGCAUCGUCCCUCAGGAUGAGGAGUACGACUUGGUCAAGGGCGGCUACAGGGCCGCGGUCGGUGUCAAGAGGAAGAACCCCAAGCUGAAGGUCAUGCUGUCCGUCGGAGGCUGGAUGGAGGGCAGCUCCAAGUUCUCGCAGAUGGCGAGCCGAGCGGACCGGCGCCGCGAGUUCAUCCGCUCCGUCGUCCGCGUCCUGGACGCGCACAAGUUUGACGGCCUGGACCUGGACUGGGAGUACCCGGGCGCGCUCGACCUGGGCGGCCUGUCCUCCGACAAGGACCACUUCUCGCUGCUGGUGGACGAGCUGGCCGAGGUGUUCGGGCCGCGCGGCUGGCUGCUGUCGGCCGCCGUGUCGCCGUCGCGCUUCCGCAUGGAGGACGCGUACGACGUGGCGCGCAUCGCCAAGAGCCUCGACUUCAUCAACCUAAUGGCCUUCGACCUGCACGCCGAGCGCGACAGCGCGGCCGACCACCACGCGCCGCUGCACCAGCGCCCGCACGACGCCAGCAUCGACAUCUUCUACAACGUGGAUUACGCCGUCAAGUACUGGAUGAAGCGCGGCGCGCCCGCCGAGAAGCUCGUCCUCGGCGUGCCCUUCUACGGCCGCUCGUUCACGCUGAAGGACCCUGCGCGCUACGUGCCGGGCUCCGCCAUCAAGGGCCUGGGCAAGGAGGGCCGCUACACGCAGGAGAAGGGCUUCCUCGCCUACUUCGAGAUCUGCGAGCUCCAGGCCGAGGGCGGCUGGAGGCUGCAGGUCGACCGCGCCGGCAGCCCCUUCAUGGUCAAGGGCGACCAGUGGGUCGGCUACGAGGACGCCGUCAGCGUCACUAACAAGAUGGCGUACAUCCGCAAGCAGAACCUGGGCGGUGUCAUGAUCUGGGCCGUUGAUCUAGACGACUUCCACGGGCAGUGCGGCACCAAGACACCCCUGCUUAGCGCCGUGCGCAACAACAUCCAAGGUGAGUCUGUGCAGUGA